CUCUCGAAAAGUGUUAUGGAAAUUCUCACGAGGAUCGUCUUUCUUAAUUAAUAUUUUUUACGGAUUUUGUACUGCCUGCAAUCUUGAAAAUUUGUCUUUAUAAGAUUCUGACUAAAAUAAAUAAGAAAAAUGCCGUCGGGUCAACCCUUACCGCCCAAAGAAAAUUCCUUAUUUAAACGAAUUCUAAGAUGCUACGAACAGAAACAAUAUAAAAAUGGACUUAAAUUUGCAAAACAGAUUUUGUCGCAUCCAAAGUUUUCUGAACAUGGAGAAACUUUGGCUAUGAAAGGACUUACUUUAAAUUUUCUUGGUCGAAAAGAUGAAGCAUAUGAACAUGUUCGACGGGGUCUUCGUAAUGAUCUCACUUCACAUGUUUGCUGGCAUGUUUAUGGUCUAUUGCAAAGAUCAGAUAAGAAGUAUGAUGAAGCUAUUAAAUGUUAUAGAAAUGCAUUGAAAUGGGAAAAAGACAAUAUUCAAAUUUUACGAGAUUUAUCACUGCUACAAAUUCAAAUGAGAGAUUUGGAAGGAUAUCGAGACACAAGAUAUCAACUGUUCAUGUUGCGGCCAACUCAAAGAGCAUCAUGGAUUGGUUAUGCAAUGGCAUAUCAUUUAUUAAAUGAUCAUGAUAUGGCCUUGAAAAUUUUGGAAACUUUUAGGAAAACACAAAUGGUUUCUGCCCCAUUUGAUUUUGAGUAUAGCGAACUUCUUUUGUAUCAAAAUAUGGUUAUUCAAGAAUCCGGUGGAGUGUUGGAUGCCAUCAAACAUUUAGAUAUGUAUAAAGAAAAUAUUUUUGAUAAAUUAACAGUUCUAGAGAUUUAUGGUUCAUUAUACUUACAAAUGGGAGAAUAUCAUUUAGCUACAUUGUGUUAUGAAAAAUUACUACGAAGAAACCAAGAAAACACACCUUACUAUUUAAUGAUUAAAGAAGCUAAGCAAUUGCAUAAUGAUGAAUGUGUUUAUAAUAUGCUAUGUGGUUAUCGGAAAAAGUUUCCUAAAGCGUUGGCUCCUAAACGAUUAUGUUUAACUUUUGCAUCAGGAAAUGCAUUCCAAAGUGAAAUUGAUUCAUACUUAAGAGCUGGUUUCCAUAAAGGUGUUCCACCAUUAUUUGUAGAUUUACGGUCAUUAUAUAAGAAUAAACAUAAAGUACAAAUAAUAGAAAGUCUAUUAGAGAUGUAUGUAAAUAAUUUGACAAAGUUCAGCUCAUUCGAUAGUGAAGAUACAUCCUGUAAAGAACCUGCUUCUGCAUUGCUGUGGGUCUAUCACUAUUUAGCUCAACAUUAUGAUUACCUUGAUGAUAUACAAAAGGCAUUGACUUACAUUGAUAUGGCAAUUGCACACACACCAACUUUAAUUGAACUAUUUGUCACAAAAGGAAGAAUAUUUAAACAUGCUGGUGAUGCAUAUGAAGCGUAUAAAUGGCUAGAUGAAGCACAAGGCUUGGACACAGCUGAUAGAUAUAUUAAUUCAAAAUGUGCAAAAUACAUGUUGCGUGCAAAUCUUAUUAAAGAAGCAGAAGAAACAUGCUCUAAGUUUACAAGGGAAGGUGUUUCGCCUAUGGAAAAUUUAAAUGAGAUGCAAUGUAUGUGGUUCCAAACCGAGUGUGCGUUGGCCUAUCAACGGCUUGGAAAAUGGGGCGACAGUUUGAAAAAAUGUCAUGAAGUUGAUAGGCAUUUUACUGAGAUCAUUGACGACCAAUUUGAUUUUCAUACAUACUGCAUGCGUAAAAUGACUCUAAGGUCAUAUGUGAAUUUAUUAAGGCUUGAAGAUGUAUUACGUUCGCAUCCAUUUUACUUCAGGGUGGCACGAUGUGCAAUACAAGUAUACUUACAUAUUCAUGAUAAACCUCCGACAGAUGCAUCAUCUAGUAAUGAAUUGGAUACAGGAAACUUGGCUCCAGGACAGUUGAAAAAAAUGUUGAAUAAGCAAAGAAAAGCACAACGAAAAGCCCAAGAAGAAAAAGCUCAAGCGUUAGCAGCCCAGGAAAAACGAGAUAUGCAUAAAAACCGACAACAGGUAACUAAUACCAGCGAUGAAGCUGAUGCAUUGCCAUUGGAUGAACUACUUCCAGAAAAGUUGGAAAGAGUGGAAGAUCCUUUGGAACAAUCAAUCAAGUUCUUGAAACCGCUUCAAGAACUCGCAUCAGAUAAUAUUGAAACUCAUUUAAUGGCAUUUGAAAUCUAUUACAGAAAAGAUAAGCUUUUGUUGAUGUUGCAAAGUAUCAAAAGAAGUCAUCGUAUUUAUCCAGAUCAUCCAAUGUUUCACAGUUGCUUAAUUAGAUUUAUGGAAAAACUAUUGAAACUAGACAAUAUUCAAGAAGAAAUGCAAUUGGUGCUUAAUAAACAACUAGAACCAAUAUUGGGUGGAAUGUCGGCUGCUGAUAUCAAUUCGCAGUUUCUCAAUAAACACCAAAAAUCAUUACCAGCUUUAGUUCAGGGUUUGAAAAUGAAGUAUAAACUCGAUAAUAGUUCGCAACAAGAAGUUCUUGACCAAAUUACUAAGCUAGAUGAUUCCCUGGAGGAUGUCAAUAUCCAAACUUGUACUGAUAUUUUAAAUUCAUUAAUCAAUGGUGAAUUUGGGGAAGUUGGUGAUGUUGCCGAAGAAUAUCGUAAAACAUGUUAUAAACGUUUCCCAUUGGCUACUGCUUUCCAUACAGAUCAAGAUCGUUCCCCAAUGGCAUUCUGGUCCAAUUCCUACAAAACGUUAAAUGAAACGCAUGAUAAUUGUGUUUGUAAAAUAUGAACUUAUAUAAGAAAAAAAAAUGUGGCUCAUUUACUAACCAAAGGUUGAUCUCCAAUCAUUUAAAUUUAAAGAAACAUAUUUAUUGCUAACAGUAAGUAUAUUAUUUUUUACUGUUAAAUUGACAUUAAGUAAAUACUUAACAACUAUAUGGAGUAUAAGUAGUAAUUGAUAUUCUUUUUAUAAAGUUAAAAAAAAAAUGUUCCGUCGGAAAAACAUAUGGUGGUAAUUGAGCUUAUUUUUUAUUUUUUUAAUGAAAAAUGUCAAACUUACGUUUCUUUUUGAAUAAUAAUAAAAACAAAAACAAAACAAAAAAGCAUUUUUAUU